AUGCAGGGUCUUACAGAUGGUCUUUCUAGUAGAUAUAUCAGUGGAAAUCGAUCCAUUUUACUGCCCGCGUUGGAGAACUUGAGGAUCGCUGAAAACGACAAACGAGUUCGUUCGCUUCACGAGCGCCUGGAAGAGUUACUUGUUUUCGAAAUCCGCAAAAACGGUGGGACAGACUAUCAUACCUUCAGUGUCAGGACACUUCACAAGCAUAUUCUGGAUGCGAUAACCAAAUCACGCGAAAAGAAACACGACGACGAAAACGAAGGCAUCUUGAAUGAUCUGGCUUUGGGCCGGGCGAUAUUUACUGAAUCACCCCUCCCGAUGGACAACAUUACUGAAGACACAAACCGAUUAGCAACACCCGAAACGUCGCUGGCUGGCAAAGAUGAGGUGGCUGGGGAUGAUGCGACCUCAGGAUCAUCAGGAACAAAAGCUAGGGAUGUAACGUACCGAGAGUUGUUGGGUGGCUUUUUACACCCACGAGAUUUAAGGAAGCUUGUAACGCCUUUCUCCGCCUCGAAUGAGCCAGAAUUUAUCGUUCGGCGUCAUGUGAUCCUCUUACACUUUGAUUCGUUGCGUGCGAUCAUUCUCCGAGACCGAGUCCUACUACUUGUUCCUGAUGGGGCUGAUUCCAUUCUAGUGCAACUUGAAAAAAUGAUUCUGGGCGGGAUAGACAAUAUGGAUGACAUGUCCGAAAACCCUGAAGCAAUACAAGAUUUGCAAAAAGUUGACGAGGACGAGAACGAUGACGAUGAUGCCUUAGACACUGUUUUGGAAGACCCGAACAAAAGCGACGAAGUGGUCGAUGAAAACAACUCGGAUUCUAGCGAAAGCGAUAGCGAGAUCAAGAUAGAGAGGAUUGAAAGAGGUAAAUUCAAGAGCAUUCACCAAGAUGAAUGGGCAGAACUGGAGGGGAACGCCUGGGUCGAGUUGCCAUUCGAGCUUCAGAGUGUGGAUGCGAUCUUGAACCGCGUGGCAUCAAUUCUUGCGGAAGAUGUAAUGGACCUUCAAUUGUCGGCAGAUAAACUGAUUACGGAUCUUCUAACGCCUGGCGCAGAUGUUGGUGAGCGUGCACAAGAAGUCCUACGUACAAUGAAGAACUUGGUGAAAGAAAUGCAGUCUCGAGUGACAGGUUUCCACAGAGCGCUUGAAAACAUGCUGGAGGACUAUGAAGAAAUGUCAUUAAUGAACUUAUCCAGACUGCUAUCGCAUCCCGAGCGAUUCAUUCAGCCAGUAUCACAAGCAACUCUUGACGAAGAAUCGGAUGAACCAGAGCUCAUUCUUGAGGCUCAUCUUCAGCGCGCAUACACGCUAACGAACGCACUGAACCUUGUACAAGGCCAAGUCAAUACUACGGAAGAAUUUGUAGUGCAGAAAUCCGACAGUAUUCGAAAUAGAUUGCUCUACAUUAAUAUGUUGAUCAGUCUAUUGUCGCUCGCAGUGGCAGGAGCUUCGUUUGUUGGGUCCGUGUUUGGUAUGAACGUGCCGAACCCGCUCGAAGAUGAUGAAUCAGCCUUCACGUUCUUGACAGCAGUCACAAUUGGAGGAUCGCUAGGAUUCGUGAUCAUUGUCUUUUUCAUUAUUCGGCUGGUUGGAGUUUUGCCUUCGGUGAUGUAA